AUGGCGUGGGACACAGGGUGUCGAAAACAUAAGUCGACACAGUGCAACACACUGGUAGUAGCAUUCACUACUGAUGACGGACGAGAAACACAAAUCGGACGCAUGGACGAUAUCACAGAACGCGAACCCACACGGAGAUACGAGGUAGAUCCGAACACUACGGAACACGUACCUCAGCGCCACACAAGUCGCCUAACUCCACAAGUAUGGCCACUGGUAGCCUUCUCCCAUUUACACUAUCCGGCUGAUCAAUUAACUGUCUUUUACUUCGAAUCUAAAGCUCAUUUGCAUCACUACACUGAUGUAGACGGAUUUGAUCUGUCCCUAUUCAAAACAAGUCAGCGCGCACUGGAAGAUUUGCAUGCAGACUAUGAAGCAUUGGAGAAUCAGACUGAAAGUGGUGAAGUACCAAACCUCCCUCGAUUGGAAAUCAGUGAUUAA